CUUCUCUCUUCUCUCCAAAGCAAACCCUUAAAUCCCAUCUCUCUCUCUCCUGCCUUCCUUCCUUCCUUUCUCUCUCUAACCCAUUUUCCCAACUCAAACCAUCAAUUUUGAGACACCAUACCAGGGAGUUAGAGAGAGAAAGCUCAGUUUCAUUAUUUGGGGUUCUUUUUCUUGAUUUGCUUGUGAUCUUGAAUUUGUUUAAUGGCGGACGAUUAUCAUCAGCGCAAUUUUGGGGCACAUGCACCUUCUCCUGGUUACUAUAUAUUGGAUAAAACAGGUGCUGUAGACGAUUUGGCUUUGAGGAAGAGAGACAAGAUGCGCAGGUGGCUUUGUUGUACCUGUCAAGUAGAAGAAUCAUACCCAUCACGGGAGAAUGAGCAACAAAGAAGCCCAAAGAACUACACAGAUGGGAACCCAAUGAAGGGCUCAAAGGUAUCAGCUCCGGUCAGAGCUGAAGUGCAGAAGGAAGCACCUCCAAUUGAAGUGCCUGCAUUGUCUUUAGAUGAAUUGAAAGAGAAGACUGACAAUUUUGGUUCGAAGGCAUUAAUUGGUGAAGGAUCCUAUGGAAGAGUCUAUUAUACUAACUUAGAUAAUGGGAAAGCUGUGGCAGUAAAAAAACUUGAUGUUGCAUCUGAGCAAGAGUCAAACGUCGAAUUUCUGGCUCAGGUUUCCAUGGUGUCAAGAUUGAAACAUGAAAAUGUUGUUGAGUUGCUUGGUUACUGUGUGGAAGGAAAUCUUCGAGUGCUUACAUAUGAAUUUGCAACAAUGGGAUCUCUCCAUGACAUAUUACAUGGUAGAAAGGGAGUUCAAGGGGCUCAACCAGGUCCCACACUUGACUGGAUGCAGCGUGUGAGAAUUGCAGUUGAUGCAGCAAAGGGGUUGGAAUACUUGCAUGAGAAGGUACAACCUCCUAUAAUACACAGAGAUAUCAGAUCAAGCAAUGUGCUUCUAUUUGAGGACUUCAAAGCCAAGAUUGCAGAUUUUAACCUUUCAAAUCAGGCUCCUGACAUGGCUGCUCGCCUUCAUUCUACUCGUGUUUUGGGAACCUUUGGUUAUCAUGCUCCGGAGUAUGCAAUGACUGGACAAUUGACACAGAAGAGUGAUGUUUAUAGCUUUGGGGUGGUUCUUCUGGAACUUUUGACUGGGAGGAAACCUGUUGAUCACACAAUGCCACGAGGACAACAGAGUCUUGUCACUUGGGCUACUCCAAGACUGAGUGAAGACAAAGUUAAACAAUGCGUAGAUCCAAAGCUGAAGGGAGAUUAUCCUCCUAAAGGUGUGGCCAAGUUGGCAGCUGUGGCUGCAUUAUGUGUGCAAUAUGAAGCUGAGUUCAGGCCUAAUAUGAGCAUCGUUGUGAAGGCACUCCAACCGCUUUUGAAGGCCCCAGCUCCUCAUCCUCCUCCUUCAGCAAGCUAAAAGCAAAGAAACAGUUACACCUUGAGUUGGAAAAUCUACAACUUGUGCGCAGUUUGGUUACUUUGCUUGCGGAUUCUUCUAAAUAUAUUUUUUGAUUGUUAGUAAAUGGGAUUGGAUGUGCAGGUUGGGGUUGGGAUUGGGCUGUUUAACAUCACUGAUGUAUUCUGUGUUGAAUACUGAUUCUUUCUUUUUUUUUUUUAAGUCAUAAAAUGAUGUUGGGAUUGGGUUGUGCGGUGGAUAUAUAUAUUAAUUACUACUUGUUUGGUUUCAAUGGAUCCCUUUGUUCUCA